AAUGUUCCAACAUCUAGUGGAAAGCCUUCCCAUAAGAGUGGAGGCUGUUAAAGCAGCAAAGGUGGGACGAACUCCAUAUUAAUGCCCUUGAUUUUGGAACGAGAUGUUCGACGAACCCUGAACCCUCCCAGUCAGAUAGAGCGUCGCCGCCUGCCCGCCUCUGGAGAAAACAACCUGUGGUUGCCGAGGUUACCCCAUUGGCUCACUGCAAAAAGUUAACCUUCAUCAAAUGCAAUUUUCUUGUUGUCUGAUUGUUUUAGUCAAUUACAAAAGUACAUUUAAGAAAAGUACAAUAUGUCUAAAGAUUACAUUUCAACACUGCCUGCUCUGCAUUCUCUCUACUUAUAUAAAAAAGUUAUAUUGUAGGGCAGGAUCCUCAACUAGAUGAUGUUCAAGGGGCCGGAAAAGGCAGUGUCGGCAUUUAGGCCUGUAAUCGAAAGAUCACUGGUUUGAAUCCCCGAGCCGACUAGGUGAAAAAUCUGUAGAUGUGCCCUUGAGCAAGGCACUUAAGCCAAAUUGCUCAUGUAAGUCGCUCUGGAUAAGAGAGUCUACUAAAUUACUAAAAUGUAAUCAUAAUUACAAAUAAUUUGUAGACUGCAAAUUGACCGCAAGAAGCCCAAACCGAUAUAGUUUGACUAAAACAUAAUAAUUUCUCUCUAUUAUGCGUGGGAAUACUAGGGAACCGAUUUCUUCAAUUAAAAUCACCUGGAGUUUAUAUCCUGGUGUUUUUAUAGUCUAUUAUGUCCAAGAAUAAAAAAUGUAAAUAAAAAAAGUUGAAUCCAAAAAAAUCGAAAACUUGGAGGGGCCAAAUCAAACCACCGGUUGCCAUUGGGGAACCCUGUUACUUCCCUCAUGCCCCUAUUUCCCUAUGUGGGAGCAUUGCGGACCGUAGGUUGGGAUUUUUGACCAGAUUAUAUGUACAUUGAACAACACAGCAGCUUUUGGGAAUGUUUUGUUAUUUCUGUACAAGUAAAAAUCGACAAUGAAUGUGGCUAUUUCACACUGUUUGCUUUCCCCAAUUUGUGGGCGUGGUUGAGGUGAAUUCUUUAUUACUUGAAUACAGGGGCGCAACUUUCACUGGGGACGGGGGGACAUGACCCACCCACAUUCUGAAAUUAGCAUUUUUGUCCCCGCCAACAUUUUAUAAUUGCACUGUGACACAAAACGCUGCACCGGUGUGCUUUAGGACCACAGACACCAAAGAUCAUGCGGACAUGCUGUUUGAAGGCAAAGCUUCUGAAAGGCUGCCAUAUAGGACCAGCACGGGAGAGAUUAUUAGAGGCAGUUGCAGUCUGGUUUGAACUUUUUCUCAGAGUUGUUAAAGCAAGCAGAGCAGAAACUGGCUACUCUUUAGUUGACUGAUAUAGCUGGCAAGGUAUCUGCUGUUUUACUGGAAAAUUUAUAUUCCCAGUGCUGAGCUAGGAGUGUAACUGACAUGUUACGUUAGCCAAUGUUUCAUCCCUUCUUGACUGAAGUGAAUGAACUACUAGCCACUAGCUAGUAGCUACAACAACCAGUUCAGCUGUAGCUAGCCUCUAACUAUCUGUCAGGUAGCAGUGUCUAACAGCUGUUGUGUGUAUGAAAAUGUUUUGGAGCUUUUGUUUUGCCCCGUUACAACAGAAGUAAAUUUCAAUCACACUAGACCUGAAUCAAACGAUGAAACCACCGCCAAACAAUUGAAGACCAAUAUAUUCUGACGUUUCUUCAGCAUAAUGUGAGUUUUAUUAAUCAGUAUAGCAAUGUAAUGUUAUGUAUCUGUCACUUUCCCUAGCUAAUUCCCUACUUUUUACACAGACACGGUAUAAACAGCUCUUCAGACUUCACUGUCAUGGUGCACAGUCAGUACGCAACACUAUGCUCAUAAUGUCUUAGCAGGAUCAGACAGCCAGGGAAGACCAGUCUACGGAGCUCAGGUGAAUUUUUCAGUAUAUUAUAACAAUCACUGAUUGGAUACAAAGUUCCAUCUUGAGUUGAUGGGUAGGCUGCUGUCUGGGAUCUGGGAAUAAUGUUCAUUUCAAUUAUUGAACAAAUAAUUAUAUUCUUGGAUAAUGUGUAAAUGUACACCAAGGUAAUUCUUUGUCAUGCCUCAUCUGAGCAGGAUUAGACGGUGACAGGGGUCUCAUCAGGAAUAACUGAAUAUCAUGCACUCAGAAAUGUCUUUAUUCCGAUGUAGGUGUAAAACACAAAGGGGACAUAUUUGCGUAUGUUAUGGUCUUGUGAAUUCUGGCAAAGAGUAUGUUCUUUUAUCUCAGCAUGUCUACAGAUUCUCCGUGUUUUGUUUACUUGGAAAUGUUGAUACUGGAGACUGUUAUCAGAAGAAACUGUGCAACUGUCACAUCUACUCCCGCUCCGUCCCUCCAGCGUUCGACGUCGGCGGUAUACUAACCACCAUUCCUGGGAUCCAUUAUUACGCACACCUGGUAUCAAUCAUUAUGCACACCUGCAGGUCAUCAUCAGACACACCUGGACUACAUUACCUCACUUAUUACCUCCCCUAUAUCUGGCACUCACUUAGGUUCUCUCUUCAGUCAGUAUUGUUUAUGUAUUUCAUGUCUAUACGCUACUCGUGGUUGUUAUAUUGGUCGAUGUUCCGUUUAAUUUUAAACUCACCCCCUCCACUUGUUUUUCCGACUCCCAGCAUAUAUAUUACAGUAACCUAGCUUUUAUAGCAGCUAAGAAAUGCAUUGCCAUUAAUUGGAAGGUUGGUUAUCCACCCACAAUGUCACAAUGGGUGGCAAAAAUGUCAAGUUGUGUAUCACCAGAUUUUAUUUAUUACAAGAUUAAGGGUAUAUUGUGCAACUUUCAUAAGGUCUGGAUUCCUUAUAUGGAAUACUAUACGACAAAAGGAGUCUGUAUUGAAAACAUGCCCACGUCAGGGGAGAUACCUAUUUAGGCAAUCCCUAGCUGCUUGGCUGCUAGUCCUGGCCCUGGGGUUCUUCCAUACUGUCGGUUGUCUCUUUGGCCUUGGCAUAACACACCUGAAACCAAUAAUGAAUGUUUCACUAAGAUCCUAAAGCUGAGUGGUGUGUGUUGGGUUGGGGAGCUGCAGGGCCAUGGAAGGCUAAGGGCAGGACAGGGUGACCCAGCUAUAUUGUGUACAAGUAAAAAGAGCUCUACAGUACUAUUAGGCCUAUGAUAUUAAUUAUAUGGAGGCUGUCCUGUUUCUGUGUGUUUUAUUCAACUUUUGAUUUCCAAACCUUUCCCUUGAGACAUAAAAAAAAUGUGAAGAAAGUUGUGUUGGGGAGAGAGUUGAGUUGGGGGUCGGGCUGGCUGGGCGGGCUGGCUGGCGGAAAUUUGGUAUAGAGGAUGUCUUAAAGACAAUCAAAAGUUAAGUCUUUAUACUUUAUUUAAAAGUGUUGUUCGUUUGUUAGGCUAUUGGUUAAAGGUGCAACACAAUAUUGAUUACUGAAUUAUCAUUGAUCUAGUUCAGUCUUAUCAAUCACUUAAACAUAUUUAAUAAUGGUCUCUUACCUAGCUUGAUGACUGUAGACAUUUUUACUUACUUUUUGUUGUUUUAAAUAGAGAUGGCUAGAAGGGCCAUGGGUCAUAUUAGAUUGUGUUGAAAUUCAGGAAAUUAGCUUUAGAUGCAAUAUUAUUUUGGAGACUGGCUAUGGACACCCGUUGACGCGCGCGAGCAGUUUGCAUGAAAUUAUUCAAUGUGUAAAUAUAUUUUGCAAUGCUCGCACACAUACCGCGGUCGGUUUCUAAUGAAAACGACUCAAAAACGAAACCGAAAGUAAAAGCAUCUUAUUUGGUUUGAGUUUCAUUUUAUUGUAGGCUGAUCUGCAGCGAUGCGACCAACAGCUACAUUUGCUGAUGGAAGCAGAGGAAGAUGUCCAGACUGUAUUGACACAGGAGACCCAUGAGCUGGCAGACAUUCUGAGCUAUCAAGAUGAUGCAGUUCUCGCCAUACUCAAUAAAAUGAUGGACAGCAGAGCGCGCGAACGGCUAGUGCGCCUUGCCAGCCACAGAGAACGCAUCCUGGGGUUGUUGAAUUACUUCAGGACAACAGACCCUGCUAUUUGCCGCCAAUUUCUUCAAAUGGUCUGCAUGCACUGCGACAUGCCAAUGCGUCUGGAAUCUCGGCUGAUGUCUGUGGCCGGAUCUGUGACUAGUGAUCCUUGGCCUACACCAGCAAGAGAGACCCUAUCCCUCUGUGAUCCAGAAGAAGUCAUUGAAAACAACAGCCAUACCCUGGUUCAUGAGUAUAUACCAUCUCAGGGUUGGUGUGCAAAACGCCCACGAAUAGACCACGUAGAAAGCUACAAGUCUGCUGUGAGGAGAUUUCUACUGCAGAGGUGGGAGAGGGUGAUGCAGGGUGUGGUGAAGGAGGUUCGUCUGGAAGAGGCCUGGGUCAGUCUGCGCCACAGAACCCAUGUUAGACCCAGAGACAGGGCUGAUGGAGCUCUGAGCCCCUCAGAGCUUCCGCAGGGGGACGAGGAGGGGGCUGUGGAGGACAGGGUGACUGUUCACUCCCUCCUGGGUUCAGAAGCCCAGGUCACACUGCUGUUAGGCCAGGCAGGGUCAGGGAAGACACUACUGAUGCACUGCCUUGGCCAGAAAUGGACACAGGGCGCCUUUCCCUCCUUUCACCUACUGAUCCUGCUAGAGUUCCGCCAGCUCAACCUCGUGGCUCGGCCGCUCUCUCUGAAGGAGCUGCUCUUUCGCUUCUUCCUCCCACCAGAGGGUGGGGAGGAGGAGUGUACCGCUGUACUUGACUUCAUCCUUGAAAACCCUGAGAAAAUAUGCUUGAUCUUUGAUGGCUAUGACGAGUUUCACACUAAAAUCACCCACUCAGGGAAACUGAGCAGCCCAUUUUACCCACUGUGUCCGCUCCCCAUGGCAGAGCUGAUCUCAGGCCUGUGCAGUCGCAGAAUCCUCCCAGGAUGCACUCUGUUGAUUACCUGUAGGCCUCGGGAUGUGACAGACUUGGAGAGCUCUGUGGACUGCAUUGGGGAGCUGCUAGGCUUCAACCAGCGCAGUGUGAAAGAAUAUGCUGAACAGUACUUCCAGGACAAGGGUCUGGAUCUGAAGGAGAAGGCAGUGAGUCAUCUACUGGCCAACCACCACCUCCUCACCAUGUGUUACCUGCCAGCCCUCUGCCAUAUCUGCUGUGUGUGCCUGGACCACAUAUUCUCCAGUGGUGGGUCUCAGCUUUUACCCCAGCUUCCAAACACCCUCACUCAGGUCUACCUCCAGAUCCUCUGUGCCUUUCUGAGCCGAUGCCCAGGGAGCAGCACACCCCUGUUGCAGAGUCACAGGGCAGAGGUCACACUGCUGGGCCGCCUGGCCAUGAGGGGCCUGGAGGGGAGCAAGAUCGUGUUCUUGUCUGAAGAGGUUCCACCAGACCUGGUGGACUUCGCCACUAAGGCUGGUCUCCUCUCACAGGUGGACCUGACCCAUGAGGAUGGAUCUAAAGGCCAGGGCUACACAUUCAUGCACCUCACCAUGCAAGAGUUUCUGGGCGCGCUACAUAUCAUGACCAGCGAGGACAUCACAGAUGCCCAGCUCAGGAAGAAGUUCAACUUCAAGACCCGCUGGACCACGAAAUCAGACCCCAAGACGGUUUUCACUGACUCCCUCCAUCUGUAUGUUUGUGGGCUUGCUGCACCAGCCUGCUCCUCCUACCUGAUCCAACUUGUUCGGGGAGUGGGGGCUGUGGGGUGGGUGAAGAAACGCUUGGCACUAGUUCGCAAGUUGCUCCGAAGCCUGGCAAUGAGCACCAACCUGACUGGGCCCAAGGUGGUGGAGCUGUGCCACUGUGUCCAGGAGACCCAGGAUGCCCAGCUGGCCAGGGAGAUGGUGGGGUCGCGUCCCUGCUUUGAACUAAGGAACAUAACAUUGAACCCUGUUGAUCUGGAUGCUCUGGCCUUUGUCGUCUCGUCUGCUGGAGUGGGCAUCGGGUUGGACUUUGGAGCCUGUUCUAUGGAGCUGGAGUGUCUCGAUAUUCUACCCAGCUGCCAGCACAUCGACUUUCUAAUUUUUCGAAGCCGUAAGUAUGACGACAGAUUUGCAGAUAAACUUUCUUCCAUCCUUCCCAGACUACCAACCCUGAAAAGAUUUGAGUUUAUCUGUGGUAACCUCACUGAUGUGGGAGCUGCCAAACUUGCCAGAGCCCUGGAGAGCUGUCCACUGAUCACAGAGCUCAAUUUCAGUGACAACAGCCUGACAGACAGCGGAGUCGGGGAGAUUGCUGACAUCUUUCCCAAGCUGCCCAGUCUGGCCUCUGUCUCGUUGGGGAGGAAUGGCUGCUCUCUGGAGAGUAUCUACAUCCUUCUAGAGAAGAUCACUUCCAGCCCCUCCAUCCAGGGACUCUAUGCUGAGGGAAUGAAGGACGGCAGUGUCCUGUUUGUCCCAAGCUUAGACAUGAAAUGUUCUAAGGAUAAAACUGGACUGACUGUCAGCCUGUUGAACUGCAGAUUCACUACUGACCAGAUGAACAGACUGUGUCAGUUGCUAGCGAGAUGUCCUGGCCUCUCUGUCCUGGAUCUCUCAGGUGGCGACAUCAAGGCUGAUACUCUCAAGGCCCUGACUGACUCUCUACAGGAGCUGAACGUCUCCAAACAGAUUGUUCUGAAUGAGAUUCCCAUAUCGGUUGAUGGGUUGAUGGUUCUGACGAGUUUCCUGUCUGUAUGUCCUGAUGUGGUUCAAGUAGACAUCAGCCUGCAGGACCCUGUGCGUGCAUCCAUACUUUUUGCUGGGGGGAUAGAGAAACAACAUCCUGAGAUGUCAAAGAAACUUUGUCUGAUUGGCUGUGGUCUUCGUCCCCCUCACUUGGACCAUCUGUGUGAGAAUCUGAUGGACUGCUCUGCUCUGACUCUGCUGGAUAUUUCCAACAAUUCUCUGGGAAACAAAGGUCUAAAGAAGUUGUUAGACCUCUUACCUCAGCUUAGCACCAUCCAGGAAAUCAAUGUCAGUGAGAAUGCAGUCAGCAUGGAAGGGGUGGUGCUGCUAGCUGACACACUCUGCUCACACAGGAACAUGAGCGAAGUGAAUGUCAGUCAUGGGGGGAAGAAGCUGUUCCUGAAAUUCCAUUCCAGUAAAAGAAUACAAUCAGAAGCACUCAGGACCUCACCAGAUAUGGAACAGGAUAAGAAACUCAGCCUAACUCACAGUGAUAUCCAGCCCACUGACAUGACCAGGCUGUGUAGAAGACUGGUACAGUGUCCCGGCCUACUGAAGCUAGAUUUCUCCCAUGGAUCCCUGAAGGACGAUGCCAUUGAAAAUCUAUUAAAUAUCCUGCCUAAGAUGACAUCUCUUCAGCUGCUCAAUUUGAGCCAUGUCCAGAUGUCUACAGACGGAGCGUUGUUAUUGGUCAGAUCUCUGAUAGACUGUCAGCGUGUCAGAGCUGUGGAACUCAGGCCCCAAGGAGAAGCGUUCAUCAAGUUUGUCAACAUGAAAGUAGAACAAGCAACUUGCAGACUCACGCAGUACACACUGAGCAGUAGAGAUGUGGAGAAACUCUCUGGGAUCCUGGAGCAGUGUCCUCAUUUGUCUGACCUGGAUUUAUCCAGUAACCUCCUGAGAGACGAGGGAGUGAAGAGCUUUGUGGAUUCUCUGCCAAGGCUGCGGAUUGCCAGCUCAGUGAAUCUUAAUGAUAACAGACUGACCCAGAUGGGGGUGCUCUACCUGGUGAACACAGUGACGACCUGUGAGAAGGUGGCUGCAGUUGAAGUCAGUUUGGGAACUGAGGAGAGGUCGCUCAUCCGCUUUGAACAGGACAGUGACUGUGGCAAAACUCUGAGUCUGAGAGAGUGUCAUUUUGGGGCUGACCAUCUGCAGAGACUAGCAGAGAUUCUGACACGCUGUGCUGCUCAGUUGGUCAAACUGAGGAUAAGAAACAACGGACUGAGUGUUCAGGUGAUUGAAGACUUGGUGAAGCAGCUGAGGUGUGGUCACGUCCAACGCUAUAUCAGUAUUGAGGAGCCAUGGAUCACAGCAGAAGCAGCUGUAAACCUGGUCUCCUGCUGCUUGAACCUGAACCCCAACAUACACACCAUCAGGAUAAAUAAAUCCACCGUACACAUUACUUUGGAAGAAUGCCAAAAUCCCACUGCUACCAGUGGUGGCACUUCUACAGACAUGUCUGGCUCUCUGUCUACCGUGACCAUAAGCCUGGUAGACUGUGCAGUGCAAGGGCACCACCUAGUGUCUCUGCAGACUGUGUUCCAGAGCUGUGUUCUGCUACAGGAGCUAGAUUUGUCAUUGACCAGCAUUGGUAGAGUGGGAGCAGAGUUGCUCUGCUCUGUCCUACCAUCCUUAGCUAGUCUGAGGAAACUCAGUCUUGAAUCAAAAGAAACCUCUGAAGAUGUGGUAUUGCUCCUUGCCGAGGGGUUGUUGCAGGCUAAAAGCAUUGAGAGCUUGAAUUUGUCUGGUCAUGUGAUUACUGACAGAGGAGCUGUAGCUCUGACCAGAACACUCCAAAACCUUCCUCGUCUCAGAACAAUCAAUCUGUCCCUCUGCUAUGGUUGGACACCAGCAUCGGCCUUGGUGCUGGUGCGUGGGCUGGGACAGUGCCUCUCUCUGGAAGGGAUCAGCCUUGACUCUGUACAGCUGGAUGAGGAGAGCACAGUGUGCCUGGCCCAAGGGCUCCAUGCUAUGACCUCCUUGAAGAGGCUGAAUCUGAAUAAUAAAGUUACCAUGUUGACUGGAUCCCCAUGGGAGGGGGCCACUCUGGUCCUGCUGUCCUCUCUGGAGGGGCUCAGAGGGAUGGAGGAGAUAGAGUUGGAGGGGAUGAGGAUGUCAGAUAAAGAAGUGGAGGAGCUUAUCAAACACCUGCCCACCUGGACAGGCCUGAGGAAGAUCAGCCUGUCAGGGAACUGCAUCAGUGACCAAGCAGGAGAGAGGCUGGUCCAGGCCCUGACAACCUGCACAGCACUGGAGGAGCUCAAUCUGUCCAGGAAUAAUCUCAGCCUUGCCUGUGCUGUCAAGAUGGGACAAGUUCUGCCCACUCUCACUCACUUCAGGGUUCUAGAUCUCUCAGAGAAUGAGAUUGGUACAAAAGGAUCUGUCAGUAUCUCCAAAGCCUUGAUCUCCAUGAAGUAUUUGACAAAGAUACACUUGACCUCCAUAGGGACUUCAGAGCUUGCUUGUCUGGCUGACAGCCUGGCUCACUGUGUCUGUGCAGAGGAUGUCAGUUUUGCGUGGAAUGAUUGUGGAGAUGAUGUCGCAGUGAAGCUUGCCGAGGUUUUACCACAAUGCCAGAAGCUAAGGAGACUUGAUCUAGAGUCUAACAGAAUCAGCACUAUUGGAGCAGAGGCACUUGCCAGAAGCUUACAGUCUUGUCCAUCAGUUGAAGUGAUCAGACUGUGGAGGAAUGUUAUUUCUGCCAGUGAUGCCCAGAAACUGAGACAGAGAGAGAAGAGGCUCAACUUCUCCUCCACAUAGAUCUCCACAAAGAUCUAAUCUCACUCAUUGAAUGUGUCAGCAGAACAGUAAACUUGCACUUUUAUUUUAUAGUUUUAUGCACUUAAAGUUGAUUUUGUUUACAUGUCAUCAAAUUCAAACAAACAAUAAUAUCAUCCAGGAAGAGGAGGAACAGUGAACCUUUAUUCCAACCCUGGUAAGAGGAUGUAAGAGAUGAGACUAAUCUCUCUUUAUACAUCUCCCUUCCUCUUCCUGGACAAUCAGCUCAUAGUCUCCACUCUCGUAUUUAUUUCUGGAUUGAUUUUGAAUCAGGAAUUUAUUGAUUGUUUGUGUUUUGCUAAAAACUAAUGUCCACCUCAGGUAGAAAGAGUGAGCAAAUGACAAACUAAUAACUCAAGUUUAUGCUUCAGGUGUUCCCGCUCUCUAUCUUGGUUUGUAAAACUUGAAGUAUUUAUGUGAUGUUGACCUCUCCCCAUUUGUUAACUAAGCAUUGAGGUAGAUUUGAAAUAUUGUUUUUCUAAUGGAAACCCCUGCUUGGUGUGAAUCUUAUUUCUUACACUUUAAUAUUAGUUAUCUUGCACUGCUGGAUUCUAAUGUCACGGCUCAUGUUUCACUGUUACGUUAUUAGAUGCAUUUCUGCUCAUUUAUUUCUUAUUCCUCACACUUGUUUUUGUAAUGUUCAUGUUUUAAUCUCACAUGCACGUUGGUCUAAUAAAGUGUGAGACAUGUCUUUUUCAUA